AGGAAGCUUUGCAGAGUCAUGAUUACGCGCCGUCCACGUGCUUUUAAUAGUAGCAAAAGUGAAACGCCACUUCUUGCACCAAGCAGGAUCGCGACAACAUUUUCUUGAAGAAAUUAUUUGCUUAUCAGAACCUGUAAAUUCAGUUCCAUACAUAGCGGCAUGAGCAAGCCAUUAGCGAGUUAUUCACGUGAAACCCGUUUGAAAUGUCGACACGGUUUCUACCUUAAAGUGACAGAGAGUGGAGUUGAGGGAAGCCGGGACAGUGACGAUCGUUACAGUAAGUAGAAAUUUCUUUUGUGAUUCUUUACACGGCUUAAAUUACCAAUUUGUUCAAAUCAAUAGCAGGGUACUUAAAUCGAUUAACAUGGGAUCCCUCCCGUGCGAAAGCAAACUAGGUUACGAGAGCUCAAUGAACUAUCCAAGGGGAGUGGAAUAUCUCCUUGAAAGGGAAAGAAAAUGAAUCAGACACAGUAAAUCAAUGACAAAGUUAAUAUGUUACUUUGUUUUCCUUGCGUGAAUUUGGAACAAAAGUUAUGAAACAGGAUACGAGCUCACUUUUUCUUUUGCGAUAUCCAUAUAUGUAUAAAUGUAUUUCGCGCCGGCGUUGUUUACAAAAAUCAUCGAUUAAUGCUGUAUUAGUUAAUACUACUGAAAGAUGUUUAGCAUUUCGAAAGUCCCAACGGAAAACAAAAUGCCCGUUUGAGGCCAUCAGAACUGAGACCAUAGUUUGAAUUUUUAACCGAGAAGGAUGUGCAUUUACCUCAUUCGUUGUCAGUGAUGGACAAUUUUAAACAAACUAGACUUUUUUUUAAUCUCCUUUUUUGAACUGCUUCCUUGAACUUUAUUUCUUACGCAUUUUUCAGUUUCAAUAAAAGUUUCGUCGGAGACAAAAGCCAAAUGCCAGAGGAAGACAAUUACUUACUCGUUCUAUCUUUUUCGAAUGAAUUUACAUCUUGAAACUAAAAGGCAGGAACUUGCCAAAUUGUGAGAAAUUUCCAUCGUUCAGUCAUUUUUAGACAAGAAAAAGAAAAUCUCGUUUUCUACGUACAUUUCAUGGAAGCUGUUCAUUAUUCACGUUCUUAUUUUGUCACAUAUUUCCGUCAUUUUCUAAGCCCAUAAGUUCAAACUGAAAUCGGUUUUAGCCCAUACCAACAAUCCCUCGGUAGAUUCUUGUGAUCGCAAACAUUCCUGGGGUCGGUGGUGAAGAUAAGGUGCGGUAGGCAUAUCCUGAAAGUCGCACGUCACAGGUUGAAAAUGUAAUGAAAACAGGGAUACCGCUGGUUUUAUAAUACCAAGUGAUCUAAAUACUCAUCAAAAGCUCUUAAACCAAGUAGUUCGCCCCGCUUCAUGGACUCGUCGAUCGAUGCACUAAGAACAAUGAAAUGUCUUGAAAGCCAUUUUCACUACCACUCAAAAGAUGUUUCCAUUCAUACCAGGUUUACUCCGCUUUUUCCUCAGUAAUACCCUCUCAAAGUUUUUUAAAUGCAAAAUACAAGCUGUAAAUCGCCGGAAAAUACUGGCCAAAGAUUCACUGAAAGCUUAGUGUGCUUUCAUUUUGGUACCCAGAGGAAUUAGGAAACGAACUUUAGCCGGAUAAUCCAGAUAUUUCUUGACAAAUUCAAUCACUGAGGCGAAAACGCUGGCCAAUGUAAUCUUUCCUGGUCUUGCCCUGGACAAGAAAAUGCCCUCGACAUUCGUUAGAUGCCAGACAUGAUGCGGAUUGUACCAUUGCUGUAAACUGUGACAUAUAACCAUCACGGUAAGCUUAGUUUUCCUUUCAGUGCCAGCGGUUUCUAACUGAAGUUUCAUUAUAUUGGCCGGCCAACUGUGAGUGUUAGAAGAAAGAAGGCGGAAUGGGGGGGGGGAGUGUUCCAGGUUCCUUUAAAUCAUAAAUCAUAAAUCAUAAACCUUCGUCAAACCCGAAAUAAAUCGCGGAAUGACGUGGAAACUCGUGGAUAAGACAACAAACUUUCGUUUAAAAAGCCAGUCGUUAUCCUGAGAAAUAAUUAAAGGAUUAAAUGGUCACAAGUAUCUUUUAUUUUUUUUACUAUCUUGUAGCUACUCUCACUAUGGAAUCGGUUAAGACGGCUGAAGUGAUGCUGAGAGGAAACGUAUCAGGAAAUUACAUCGCGAUGAACACCAAGGGAGAGUUGUACAGUACAGUAAGUCAGAGGGAUGAUUGUUUAAAAUUUAAUGUUCCACGAUAUCCAAGUUCUUACACUAAACGGACACCUAACCGAGGGCACUUCUCCUUCUUCCAGACAAUCAGGCCCCAGCCAUUGUGAGGAACAGUAACAAUUCGGUCAAUUUGUACUUUCACAUCUCAAAAGUAUGCAAGUUUUCUUGUAAAAGUGGCAACAGAGUCUUUGAUCCUAAUAAAGGGAGAAACCAUAGGGCAUAAGUGAGACCCCUCGAGUCCAGCCAAAAAAAUACAGUAAAAAAGUUGCGAUCUCUCGCCAUUCAAAGGGACUAAGUCAUAGACAGACGACAAAGAGAUAGGAGAAUGUAAAUCUUACCCAACUAUAGAUUAACAACAACUCUUGAUCGCUCGGUAUUUUCUCCUAUUUGUAUUCGAUCUUGUUUCAUCGUUACUAACUCAUCAUCUUCUCUCGCCUCUCAUCAUCUUCUCUCGAUCUCUCGCCAUUCAAAGGGACUACGUCCUAGACAGACGAUAUAAAGAGAUAGGAGACUGUAAAUCUUAUCCAACUAUAGAUUAACAACAACUCUUGAUCGCUCGGUAUUUUCUCCUAUUUGUAUUCGAUCUUGUUUCAUCGUUUCUAACUCAUCAUCAUCUUUAUUUUCAACAGAAUAGUCCAACUCACCCGGAGUGCGUCUUCAAAGAGAUUUUUGGAACGAAGUACAAUUCUUACCAAUCCACAUUGAAUCCUGCCUGGUACCUUGCUCUGACAAAACAAGGCGAGGCGAAGUAUGGGCCCAAAACUAAACCCGGACAGAGGGCUGUUGGCUUUAUAGCUGAAUGACUAAUGAACCGAAUACCAAAAGAGUUUAUUAGUAAUUUGUAAUAGACCCAAUUAAAAGAUGUAUAAAAU